GACAAAGCUCCAGCCUUGCGAUCACGAACGCGAUUGCUCGACCAAGCUAUAACGCACUCCUACUUAAUACCUCUCUGCCACCCACACUUUGCGACAUCAAACCGCCACAAUGAAGCUCGUGAGGUUCCUGAUGAAAUGCACCAACGAGACGGUGACCAUUGAGCUGAAAAAUGGCACCAUCGUCCACGGCACCAUCGCGUCCGUGUCGCCCCAGAUGAACACAGCCCUGCGCAACGUCAAGAUGACCGCCAAGGGUCAAGAUCCCCUCUCCCUCGACACCAUGAACAUUCGCGGCUCGACGAUCCGCUACUACAUCCUCCCGGACUCGCUCCCCCUCGACACAUUGCUGGUGGACGACGCGCCGAAACCCAAGAACAAGGCCCGCAAGGAGGCGGCGGACACGGGCGGUCGCGGCGGACGUGGCGGCCGAGGACGCGGUGGCCCACGCGGGCGCGGCAGGGGACGUGGCGGGCGACGAGGCUGA